CAUAUAUAACACACACUGUACAUAUUUUUAAAAAUAUUAAAAAACAUUAAUACGCAAAAAUAAACAAGAAAUAAAACACACACAAAACAUAUACACACGCUUAAACAUACAUACCAGACCCAGCUUACAUAUUACAACAGCAACACUACACACAAGAUCAACACACAUCAUAGCGGGAAGAAGGUGUAAAGAAGAAUCGACAACACAAGAGAUUUUUUUGGUUUAUCUCUUGUGAAGGUUUGUACCCUACCCCCAGCAAACAAGAAUAUGGCACCCAAUAACAACAACAAUCGUAAAGGACGUUCCAACCGUUCCAGCCGCAAUGGAUCUCGGCCCAAACCCAACCGCAAAAACGAUAAACGUCAACCAAAACGCCAUUUUGGUUGCGGUAUUUGUCAAGCCGAUCACAGCUUAACAAACUGUCGAAAGUUCCAAAAGAUGAACUUGGCGGAGAAAUACAAAACCGCAGUUAAAUUGCACUACUGCGUCAAUUGUUUGGCGAGGAACCAUCUCAUUGGCGGUUGCACGAGUAAGGCUCGUUGCCAACAAUGUGGUGGUAAACACCACUCCACCCUACAUGGUCCAAAUAGGAUUUUAAAGAAUUUGACCCAGGACCAAUCCCCUCCACCAACUCCGGCACCAAGAACUCCACCCACACCAGCUCCAAGACGAUCAUUAGACAUCGUGAAAGUUACAACACCGGUAACAACGUCGAUGAUGAAAACGUUUGUUCCUACAGCAGUUGUGCAGGUAGGAAGUCGGCGGGCAAGGGCAAUACUAAAUCCUAGCUUGACUAAGUCUAGAAUAGCAGCCGUCUUUGUUAGUGAAAGUUCCCUAGCUCCCUUCAAAAUCGACAAAGAGGUGUUUGUGAAGGUGUUAAUUGCACCAAAUUAUUCCUCAAGCCUCCGAUACGAGGUUUGCAUGGAGGUGGUUAAGGAUCUGCCAAAAACCCCAUAUCCAAGCCCCAUGGACGAAACAAUUAAAAGUAAAUUGUGUCGCAUAUCGCUGGCUGACCCGGAGUUUUACUCCAACAACCCAGUCUCCAUGGAAAUUGGUGGAGACCUUUACACAAGCAUCCUACAACCGAAUGUGAUUCACAUUGACGGGGGAUCACUUAUAGCCCAGGAUUCCACCCUUGGCUGGCUGGUCAUGGGAUCAUCUACCCAAUAAACCCGCACACAAUGAAGUAUUUUACAUGCAUAAUUUACCCUAUUACCCUACACCAUUUUUAUUGAAUAAAUAAAAAUAAUUGUCCUUUUCUCUUCACAGGU